AUGUCCAGCUACGGAAACGAAGAGCAAUCUGACAGUUACGGUGGAAAAUCUGAUACCUACGGUGAGAAACAGGAGAGUGGUUAUGGAAGUAGGGAUGAUGAUAGCCAGCCUGGUGGAUAUGGUAGUACAGGAAGAGAUAAUACGAGCGGUGUUCUAGGUGGUGAUGAUACUGAUAAUGUGUCGGCUGAUGCUUAUGGUAGCACUAGAGAGGCUGGCUAUGGUAGUACCAGGAAGGACAACACAAACAGUGGCAUUGGUCGGGAUGAUACAAUAUCUGGUGAUAGCUAUGGCAGUACUUGGAACAAUAACACGAGUGGUGGCUUGAACGAUGAUGAUGUCUCGUCUGGCGAUGCUUAUGGUAGCACCAGAAACAAUGAUACAGGCAGUGGAUUUGGUCAAGACAAUACCACAUCUGGAGAUGCGUAUGGCAACACUGGAAGAGACAAUGAAAGAGACAAUGCAUCAUCUGAUGAUACAUAUGGCAGCAUCGGAAACGACAAUACAAGAAGUGGCUUGAGUGACGACAGCAUCUCAUCCGAGGAUACAUAUGGUAGCACUGGAAGAGACAAUACGACAUCGGAUGAUACAUACAGCAGCAUCAUAAAAGAUGGUACAAGCAGCAGCUACAACAAUGAUGUCACAUCCUCAGGUGAUGCAUUUGGCUCUGCCACUGGCGCCAGAGGUGAUUCAUAUAAUAAUGACAAGAUUGAUGGAUUUGGAGGAGUCAAAGCUAGCUCUUCUGGAUACUGUGAUAAUGUUACUGCUGAUUCUGAUGUUUCAGGUGGAUAUGGUGGAGAUAAGAGUGGCUCUCAAGGUUUGGGCGCAAAGGGUGAUGAUGCUAUUUCUGGUAGUUAUGGUGGUGAUGACAGCCAAAUCUCCAGUGGUUAUGGAUCCACCAAGUCUGGUUCUGAAGAGGGAAAUUAUGAUGAUAAUGAUCAGACAACCUCUGGUGGAUAUGGUGAUAAUGACCAGGGUAAGUCUGCAUUGAAGAAGGGCUUGGAAAAGGCCAAAGAGUUGUUCCAUAAUAACUGA